AUGCCCGAAGCUGGGAGAUUUGAAUUAGGGUCGUACAUAUUUUUGAUGGAGCAAGCACGAUAUUGGAUGUGGACAAAGAGGAAACAUGAUUUCGGUUCACAUGUAUUUUCAGCAUCAUUACCGAAUCCCAGCUCGUAUGGUGAAUCAUGGGAAGAGCAAGCUUUUGCCGAAGAUGCAGCUGGAGGGCUCGGAGGUUGCACAUGGCCUCCAAGAUCUUACACUUGUAGUUUUUGCAGGAGAGAAUUCAAGUCAGCUCAGGCUCUAGGGGGUCACAUGAAUGUCCACCGCAGAGAUAGGGCUAGGUUAAAGCAGUCUCCAACUCCACAUAUGGAAGUUCUUUCCCGCAAUCACCAGAUUCUGAACCCCUGUGCAUCUUUGGAUUCACCUCAGAUAUGUACUUUCUUGUACAGCCAUGAUUCUAAUGACUCUGAUCAUCGAGUUGUUCUUGCAUCACCUUCAUCGCCUAUUAGGGUUUCAUCAUCUUCACCACCGCCAAAGAUCAUGGAUUGUGAAGAAAAGAUAUUGGGCGCCCCUCAAUUCUUUUCUACUAUCGUCGAUGAAAGUUACCAAAAGAGUAACCUGUCGUCUCCUCAAUCCUGGUCAAACUUGGUUGCAGACAAAUAUUUCCAUGUCCCAGAUUCGAAGAAUGGAGACAAGGGUUCCAAAACGGUUAAGUCAAAUGGUAGGGCUAAUGGAGAACAUGUCAAAGCCGAUUUGUCUGCGAGCUUGAAUUUGCUACUUUGUCGAACCCGUUCAAAUACAUCUGAUGACGCUGAAAACUUUCACACCUAUAAGAGACGGAAAAUGGAUGAAACUUCAGUCACUUUGUUGCCAACAUCAACUCUUGCUGAUAAAAAAUGUCUUCUUCAGUCAAAUUUGCCGCCUAAAAUGAGCCCCAACUCCAUAGACGAAUUAGAUCUUGAGCUGAGGCUUGGCGAUCCACCAAAGUGCUUGAAUUCAUCGGCCAUCACAAUGCUUAUACCUGUCAAGGGUCAUCGCUAUGCUUAUACCUAUCUAAGAAAUAGACAAAUAUCUUACCUGCAAGUAGAUUAG